AUGCAGAAACCGAAUCAAGCCCGAACGAGAGCGCUCGGUCUACGAGACCGCAAGGCCCUGAGACCGUCCUUGACCUCGACUGCCAGCCCUCUGGGCUCCCUCAAGGGUAGCAAACAGUCGCCUGCGUCAUCCCUUUCUGGCCGUCGCUCUAGCGGUCUGGCUGCCUUUGCGGCGCCUCCAAGGCGAGUCUCAACAAGAAUUACUGCCUCCGAUCUCGUGUUCCGGUCUCCAUCUGCAUCCCAACAGAGUACAGAAAAAUUACCACCACCUACCGAUACCCCGGAAAACCAAUUGGCGUCGGAACUGGACAGCGCGACCGGUGAUAUAGAUGCGAAUGAGGCCUUACCACAACCGUCAUUCCAGGACAUCCUAGACGAGCCAGACCUGCCACCGACGCCGACCCAGUUGGGCCUGGAACGGCCUCCAGGGCGGCCAAAAGGACUUCUAAGCAGUAGCCCGAGCUCGCAACAGGGAAAGUGGGGAAAAAGAAGGAAUACAGAUGGUCGAGAACAAAGCCCGUCAAAGCUGAGGAAAGUCGACUAUGGCGAGGCAGGAGAAUCCGCGGAUUCAGGCCUCUUGUUGGAUCGGACUUAUCUACCGGAGGAGAUUUUGACGAAGCGCAAAUUGAAGAACAAACUCGCUUCUGAACUACAGCAAUUGAGGAACGAAAUCUCGGAAUUGGAGACGUGGUCGAAAGACCUGGCGCAAGAUGAAGCCGGUGAUGAGCGAGAUUUGACCGGGUUAAUUACUUUGUUAGCAGCAACGAAUCCUCCUCAAUCGACCCCAACGGCCUCAGGCGAAUCCUCCAUAUCGUCUCUCAUAUCUUCGUUGCUCCCUUUUGCCACCAAGGGACCCCCGAAACCCCCACCCGAGGCCCCUCCAGUGAACCCAUUUGCGCUUGGAGAGCAGGCGCAAACAAAAGCAUAUCUAACAGCCCUUGCGCCGUUACAGCUUACGGCCUACUCUGAAACCAUACCUAAUUCCACCCCUGAUCUUGUCUUAGAGAGACAUACUCUCCAGUUUUCCGCCCCGCCUCCCUUCCCUUCCAACCGUUACAAAGUAUCUGUAACCUGCGACGUCAACCCAGAAACACAAAGCUUGGUCUCCAUAUCAUUUGCUUCACAGGCGAAUGGAGAAGAUACAAGGACCCCAGAGGAUCUACGGCGUUGGAUCGACACCAGGCUUGCCAAUCCCUUGCUUAAACUAGAUGUUACAGGUCUGUGCUGGGGCAUUAACCGAUACUGGGAGGCCAUGGUAUCGCGUGCUGAGUUAUGGUUACACAUGGAGGAGCAACAUGCAGAAUUAAUCAGUGGACAUGCGAAACGGGACCAUGUGACUAAAUCGAAGAGCGCAAGCUCGCAACCCCUUGGCAUGUCAGAACUGCGUCAAAUUCUCCCGCACCUCGAGCGCACGUCUAUGCUCUUCGAAUCCAAGAGCGGCUCACUGAAAGUUCUUGUGUCAUGCCAAUUAACACUGGACGAGUGGACAAGUGAGCCACAACUAGCACCGGGACUUAGCGUUUCUCUAUUAUCCGAGUCCGACAGCGGCUCCAGGCGCAAGGUGGAUCAGGAAUCCAAACGCCUGUUCCAAUCCAUCUUGAAUCCGAACGAGAACAACCAAGCUGGAAGCAGCGGCAGCGGAGUCUCUGCUAGCACAAUUCUAAGAGCUACAGACUGCGUCUUGCGCGCUUUGCUCAGUACUAACUCUAAGAAAUGA